AAUUGUAACACCAUCAGUGGAUCUUCUGGUUCCGUUCUAGUAAGAACAUAACUAUCAACAAACACCAUGUUUGUGCCGAUUGUCCUGGCGACGGUCUGCCUUGCUAGCAGCACGGUAUUGGCUACAUUUGACAAGCCCUUCUACGACGUAGAAGACGCUGAGAGCCUGUUCAAAGACUUUGUCCAAGAGCAUAAGAAAGUAUACAAUCGUAGAGAGUAUUACGAAAGGCUUGCAAUUUUCAAGGAAACCUUAAAAAAUAUAAAUGAGCAAAAUGAGAAAUUUCCUGAUACCGUAUUUGCAUUAAAUCACUUUGCUGACUUGAAGCCUCACGAGUUAGAGUGUUAUCGUGGUUUCAAACUCCCUAAAGAUAUGAAUGUGACGAAAGUGGAAAUCACCGAGGGAAUGGAUAGUGCACCCGAUUCAUUAGACUGGAGACAACAAAAUAAGGUUACACAUGUCAAGAAUCAAGAUAAAUGUGGCAGCUGCUACAUCUUUAGUGCUGUUGGCGAUAUAGAAGGGCAGUACGCUAUGAAACAUGGCCAGCUCAUAGCUUUAUCCGAAGGACAAGCUCUCGACUGCCUUAAUGUUGGAGGUUGCCAAGGAGGAUACAUGGAGCAAGUUAUGCAGGAAUUAGCUCAAAGACGAAUGAAGUUAGAAAGGGAAGAGGAUUAUCCCUAUGCGCCAUCCAAAAAACCCUGUCAUCAUGACCCCAGCAAGGGAGUUGUCCAGUGCGCAGGCGGUGUCAGAAAAGAAAUGAUGGAUGAAGAACAGCUGAAGGUCUUAUUAGCCAACCGUGGACCUAUAUCGAUUGCUAUAAACUCCCAGGACUUUGGCUAUUAUCAAAAAGGUAUACUAAUACCGAAUAUGUGCAAAGGACGACCUAUAGACCACGCCGUGCUUUUGGUAGGAUAUGGAGAAGAAAACGGCCAAAAAUACUGGUUAAUCAAGAAUUCGUGGGGAACUGGUUGGGGCGAGCAGGGCUACGUAAGAAUGUUGCGAGGAGUCAACGCAUGCAACAUUGGGUUUUACUUGGCUGUAUCCACUGUGGAAUAACCAUCUAUACCUUUUCUGAGCAUUCAAAAAAUCACGAAGCUCCGUAUCAUAGAUCAUAGCGAAAUUCUAAAUUAAAUUUAAGGAGUUUGCACAUAAGUUACUUAAAUUAAUAUAUGUAUAUUUUAUGAUUUAUCAUAAUUUACAUGGCAAAACCACAAAAAUGGCAGCUAUGUGCAGCGUGUAUAUUAACAACAAAGCUUAUUGCAAUCUCCUUAAUCAUUGUACUUUGGUAAUAAACCUCAUCAUCAUUUAAUUAUUGGAUACAAAUAAAUCUGGUAUGUCAUGGCUUGAAAUUGAAA